AUGGGUGUUUGUUGCAGUUGUUUUACAGGUGAGUCUGUUUCUGUUGAAUACCAGCCCCUGCUGGCCGAGAACGAGCGUGAGGCGAUUGCCGCCUUGCUACAAUACCUCGAGAACCGAAGUGAGGUUGACUUCUUCAGCCAUGGUCCUCUAAGGGCCUUGAGCACGUUGGUGUACUCCGAUAACAUUGACCUCCAGAGAAGCGCUGCGUUGGCGUUCGCAGAGAUCACGGAGAAGAACGUGAAGCCGGUGGACAGGGAGGUCUUGGAGCCAAUUCUAAUACUGCUACAGAGUCCUGACGCUGAGGUUCAGAGAGCCGCAUGUGCUGCGUUGGGGAACUUGGCUGUCAACAAUGAAAACAAGAUCCUCAUAGUGGAUAUGGGCGGGCUAGAACCGCUUAUCCGCCAAAUGCUCUCUCCAAAUAUCGAAGUGCAGUGUAACGCUGUUGGUUGUAUCACAAAUUUGGCAACCCAGGAUGAUAACAAGGCUAAGAUUGCAAGAUCCGGUGCCUUAGUCCCACUGACUAAAUUGGCCAAAUCAAGGGACUUGAGAGUUCAGAGAAACGCCACUGGUGCAUUGUUGAACAUGACACACUCUAAUGAAAAUAGACAAGAAUUGGUGAAUGCUGGUGCAGUACCUGUGUUGGUGUCUCUACUCUCAUCUCCAGAUGCAGAUGUUCAGUACUACUGUACAACCGCCUUGUCCAACAUCGCAGUUGACGAGGCAAACAGAAAGAAACUAUCGCAGACAGAACCAAGAUUGGUAACACAGUUGGUUCAGUUGAUGGAUUCUAACUCUGCAAGGGUUCAAUGUCAAGCUACGCUGGCUUUAAGAAACUUGGCAUCUGAUGCGGGCUACCAGUUGGAAAUUGUUAGAGCUGGUGGAUUGCCACACCUAGUUAAGCUACUUCAGUCCUCUCAUCAACCUCUAGUCCUUGCCGCUGUGGCUUGUAUUAGAAACAUCUCGAUCCAUCCUUUGAACGAGGGACUCAUCAUUGACGCAGGAUUCCUCAAACCUUUAGUGGCGUUGUUGGAUUACAAUGACUCUGAGGAAAUCCAAUGCCAUGCUGUAUCCACUUUGAGAAACUUGGCUGCAAGCUCUGAAAGAAACAGACUGGAGUUGUUAGAGGCAGAUGCCGUUCUCAAAUGUAAAGAGUUGGUACUCCAUACCCCUGUCAGUGUCCAGUCUGAAAUAUCUGCGUGCUUUGCCAUCUUAGCACUGGCUGAUGAUUUGAAGAUAAAGUUAUUGGAUAUUGGCUUGAUCGAUGUUCUGAUCCCAUUGACAUUCUCUUCGAACGGGGAGGUUUGUGGGAAUGCUGCCGCUGCUUUGGCAAACUUGUGCUCUAGGCUAAGAGAUUACAAACAAAUCAUUGCCAAUUGGAAUACACCAAAGGAUGGUGUAUGCGGAUUCCUAAUCAGAUUCUUGAACUCUGAAAACCCAACAUUCGAACACAUUGCAUUGUGGACCAUAUUACAGCUCUUGGAGAGUGAAAACAACGAAGUUGAGAAUUUGGUUAAAGAGAAUAGCGAUAUUGUCAAUGCUAUAAAGAAACUAGCAACCGAUAACCUUGCUGCUGCACAAAAUGGAACAGAUGCUACCAACGCAGAAGACCAAUAUGAAGAUCCUAAAGUAGAGUUGUACAAUUUGACACAGCAAAUUCUACAAUACGUUAAUUGAAGAAGUGUCAUUAUUAUCAUUGGUUCCUUUUGGCGUUCUUAAUCUGUGCUGUUUUUUUUUCUUUUGUUAUUUGUUCGAUGCGGUACCAUUGUGCUUCAAACAAGGCUUUGGAUUGACCAAAUACUAUAUAAUAAAUGAUUCUGAGCAUCUACUCAAGCUCAAUUAAUGUAGAGCCG